AUGCAGGGAGUAACCGAACAUGUACGUCUUCCAAUGAUUAAGCUGCAAUGUUUCGACGGUAACAUCGACGAGUGGCUCAGCUUUAGGGAUCUUUUUACUUCACUAAUUCAUUUGAAGCCUGAGUUACCGGACGUAGAAAAACUGUAUUAUCUCAAAGGAUGUUUAGAAGGCGAAGCGAGGGCGCUAAUCGAUUCUUUGAAGAUCGCAAAGGCAAACUAUCAUAUUGCCUGGGAAUUGUUGCUCAAGCGUUAUAAUAACAGCAAACUAUUGAAGAAGAAACAGAUGCAAGCACUAUUCAAACUACCAACUAUAGUCAAGGAAUCGGUCGUAGAAUUGCGCUCAUUACUGGAAGGAUUUGAGAAAAUCGUUAACACGUUGGAUCAGAUAACACAACCAGCAGAUUUCAAAGACUUACUGCUGGUGAAUAUUCUCAGUUCCCGGUUGGAUCCAUACACACGAAGAGGGUGGGAGGAAUUUUCCUCUACGAGAGAGCAAGAUACGCUUCCUGAACUCAUCGAAUUUCUGCAGCGACGUGUGCGAUUUUUGGAAGCGCUCCCUGCUAAAUCAUCGGAAAAUAAACACGAGCAAACCGCAGUUAUUAGAAAAGGGCCAACCCCAAUACGCGUCAGUCACCAUGCUGCUCCACAUAUAAGCGGGAAAUGUCCUGCAUGUCCCGAUACACAUUGGCUUUAUUUGUGUCCCACCUUCCAGCGCAUGUCAAUUCCGAGUAAGGAAUCAGUUUUACGCUCCAACAAUCUGUGUCGGAAUUGUUUUAAAAAGGGCCAUCAGGCAAAGGAAUGUCUAUCGAAAAAUUCCUGCCGUAACUGCAAGGGUCGACACCACACCAUGGUAUGUUUCAAAAAAGAAGGUGAAAGUAGCAUCAGGAACUCAUGCGAAGCAGGUGAAAUCACGGCAAAUCAGAGAUCACACUCAAGGGUUGCAAACAUGGCGGCAACAAAUUCAGCUUCAUCAACAACAUCGGUUAAUCAAUCUUCGAAAAUUCUCUUAGCUACAGCUUUAGUGCUAAUCGAAGACAAUUGUGGACUGAAGUACCCUGCACGAGCGCUGUUGGAUUCAGGAUCAGAAUCCAAUUUUGUUUCGGAGAGAUUAUGCCAGCGUAUGAGAAUAUCCAGAACAAAGGUAGAUGUCUCUAUAGUGGGAAUUGGCGGUGUGGCAACAAGUGUAAAGCAUAAAGUACAUGCAACAAUUCGAUCUCGAACAUCUCCAUAUGCGCAAAAAAUGAGUUUCCUAGUUCUUCCGCGGGUGACAGUCAACCUACCAACUGCAACAGUACAAACGAAAGGCUGGAACAUGCCCGACGGCAUCGAACUGGCCGAUCCAGCAUUUUAUCAAUCUGGUAGCGUCGAUUUAGUGUUGGGAAUACAAUCAUUCUUCAGCUUCUUCCAAACGGGAAAUGAAAUAUCAUUAGGAGACAGUUUACCACGACUUACAGAAUCUGUGUUUGGCUGGGUGGUAUCAGGAGAAAUGGCAUCAGAAGAACCAAUUUCACGCAUUAGUUGCAACAUGGCAAUAUCAGAUCGAUUAGAGAAGCUUAUAACUCGAUUUUGGUCCUGCGAAGAAGUAGGAACUACCAACUACUCACCUGAGGAAUCAUGCUGUGAGGAAUCAUUCCAGCGCACAGUGCAGCGCAGUGCAGAUGGUCGUUACACUGUGACACUUCCAAAAAAUGAGGACAUCAUAUCAAAAUUAGGAGAAUCAAUGGAAAUAGCUAAAAAACGCUUCGAAAGCGUGGAACGACGACUCACUCGAAACGAUAUAUUACGAGAGCAAUAUCAAAGGUUUAUGAAAGAAUACAUCGAAAUGGGGCAUAUGCGGAAGGUGGAGGAGGAUCAAUCAAAUCAAUUAAAGCGAUGUUAUCUACCGCAUCACGCUGUUCUAAAGGAGUCCAGUACCACUACGAAAUUGAGAGUAGUUUUUGAUGCCUCAUGCAAAACAUCGAACGGUAUUUCUUUAAAUGACGCAUUGUUCGUGGGUCCAGUUAUUCAACGAGACCUCAGGGCAAUUAUCCUUCGCUGUCGAACUUAUCAAGUGAUGAUUGUGGCUGACAUUGAGAAAAUGUUUCGCCAGAUAAACAUAGAUCCCAAGGAUGCACCACUGCAGAGUAUUUUAUGGCGGGCUGAUGAGAAUGAAAACCUUGCAACGUACGAGUUGUCCACAGUAACUUACGGGACGAAACCCGCACCAUUCCUGGCAACUCGCACUUUGAAACAACUGGCAUCUGAUGAACGUGAGAGAUAUCCACUAGCUGCGAAGGCAGUCGAAGAAGAUAUGUACAUCGACGACUUAAUCACAGGAACGGAUGACGUCAAUACAGCAAUAGAAUUAAGAAGACAAUGUGAGCAAAUGAGUGGUUAG